AAAGAAAGGACUAAGAACCUGGGAUGGUGGAGAUAAUCCAUUCUUGGAAUUUUUGAGUUGUUUUGAAAACAUUUCCUCUGUGUGCCUGUUAUUUCUGGCCAGCUAGAUUGUCUCUGCUGCCACUGCGCUUCCUGCACAGUACCCUAACCAAGGGCACCUCGAUCCUGGUAUACCAGAUGUACAGAGCAACAUGGCGCUAGUUCUGGCUUCUGUAGGCGGGGCCUGAGGGCACUUGUAGGGCCAUCAAGGAAUUGUCCUAAGGUUUAUCCGGCCAACUCAAAACACAUCAUUUGCUGUCUUAUUUAUGCAGUGGGAAAAAUCCUGCUUUUGUGAGCUUGCUAGUAUAUUCAGCUGCUUGCUCCUACCCAUUGGUAUGAAGGAAAGCUGUGUCGCUGGCUUCAGAGAACGUCUCUCACUGUCUGAAAUACUUCUGGACAUUCCUUCUGUCUGAGAGAAGCCUACGCCUUCGAGCCAAACAAUACAUGGCCCAGCAGCAAAGACAUUUGUAAUGCCCUGCCAGCAUUUCUUGCCUGUGACCCCAUUCCCUAAGCAUAAUGCCCUGCAGAGCUGGAAUUUCCCUGGUCUCAACAUUAAGUGUUUAAAGGAGCAAACUGGGAGCCCUAGCUGGUAGGUGUGUCAGCUUAAGUGAGAGCUUUUUCAUGGUGAAAGGAGCAGCCCUCUUCUUACAACAGGGAAACAGCCCUCAAGGCCAGCGAAGUCUCCAGCACCCCCACAAACAUGCAGGUGAUUUGCCCCAGCAUCUUCAAGUAAUGAUCAACCUUCUGCGUUGUGAAGAUAGAAUCAAGCUGGCCGUGCGCUUGGAGAGCGCCUGGGCGGAGCGGGUCCGGUACAUGGUGGUGGUGGACAGCAGCGGGCGGCAGGACACGGAGGAGAGUAUCCUGCUGGGAGUCGACUUUUCCAGUAAGGAGAGUAAAAGCUGUACUAUUGGAAUGGUUCUCCGACUGUGGAGCGACACGAAAAUCCACCUUGAUGGCGAUGGCGGGUUCAGCGUCAGCACAGCAGGAAGGAUGCACGUCUUCAAGCCUGUAUCUGUCCAGGCCAUGUGGUCGGCGCUGCAGGUCCUUCACAAGGCCUGCGAAGUGGCCCGAAGGCACAACUACUUCCCCGGGGGCGUGGCCCUCAUCUGGGCCACCUACUACGAGAGCUGCAUCGGCUCGGAGCAGAGCUGCAUCAACGAGUGGAACGCCAUGCAGGACGUGGAGUCCACGCGGCCCGACUCCCCGGCCCUGUUUGUGGACAAGCCAACGGAAGGGGAAAGGACGGAGCGCCUCAUCAAAGCCCGACUCCGGAGCAUCAUGAUGAGCCAGGACCUGGAAAACGUGACCUCCAAAGAGAUCCGUAAUGAAUUGGAGAAACAGAUGAACUGUAACUUGAAAGAAUUCAAGGAAUUCAUAGACAACGAGAUGCUACUUAUCCUGGGACAGAUGGACAAGCCCUCCCUCAUCUUCGAUCAUCUGUAUCUCGGCUCUGAAUGGAAUGCAUCCAAUCUGGAGGAACUGCAGGGCUCAGGUGUUGACUACAUUUUAAAUGUCACUAGAGAAAUAGAUAAUUUUUUCCCUGGCUUAUUUGCAUAUCAUAACAUCCGAGUCUAUGAUGAAGAGACAACAGACCUUCUUGCCCACUGGAACGAAGCGUACCAUUUUAUAAACAAAGCAAAGAGGAACCAUUCCAAGUGCCUGGUCCAUUGCAAAAUGGGCGUCAGCCGAUCUGCUUCCACGGUCAUAGCCUAUGCGAUGAAGGAAUUCGGGUGGCCCCUGGAGAAAGCGUACAACUACGUGAAGCAAAAGCGCAGCAUCACACGCCCCAACGCCGGCUUCAUGAAACAGCUGUCUGAGUACGAAGGCAUCUUGGAUGCGAGCAAACAAAGGCACAACAAGCUGUGGCGUCAGCAGACUGAGAGUUGCCUGCAACAGCCUGUGGAUGACCUCGUGGGGUCUGGGGACUUCUUGCCAGAGACCCUGGAUGACACCCCGGAAGCCCAGCUGUCCUGCUUGGAUGAUGCUGCCCAGCCUGAGUUGCCAGGCACCAGGUCCCCAGGAGGAGGAGGACCCUCUCUCUCCUGCUGUUUCCGGCGGCUCUCCGACCCCCUCCUGCAUUCCCCCAAUGACGAGACUGGCAGCGUGGUCCAGCUGGAGGAUCUGGAGAAGGAUGCUCUGUUGGAGGAAGCAGAGGCGCACAAGCCGGCCAGACCUCUCCAGGAGGGCCCUGGACUCUGUGAGAAGGAAGUGAAGAAGAAACCAGAGUCUGGGAGCCUGAAAACCCAGAGUGGCCCCUUGCCACAGGUGGAGGAGAUGGACAGGGAGGAGGCUCCAGGAGUAGGGAGGUGGGGGAGGUCCCCAACCCAGCUUGAUAAAAACCUGCUCAACCAGGAAAACCUAAACAACAACAACAGCAAGAGGAGCUGUCCAGAUGACUUUGAGCAUGAUGCUUUGUUUGGGAUCCUCAGCAAAGUGAAGCCUUCCUACAGAUCUUGCACCGACUGCACACACCCGGCAGCCCGCGGGGUUUCGGAGACCUUCGGGGAGCGGCGUGAGAACCCUGGCGCUCCCGCCAUCUGCACCCAGCCAGCCCUCCCGCCCCACCUCGCCUCUUCCCCUGUGGCCCACACAGCCAUCAGGUCCCGGGCUCUAGAGAAGCUGGCUUCUGGCCCCACCGAAACGCCCCCGUUCCCACCACCAGCAGGCCCGAGGAGGCCAGACCCCAGUGGCUCUGGGGCCAGGGCUGCCCCAGAGCUACCAGCUAGCCUUUUGGAACCUUCCAGAGAGACCCAAAAAGUCCUGCCAAAGUCCCCCCUUCUGAAGAACUCUCACUGUGAUAAGAACCCUGCCGGCAUGGAAGUCGUGAAGGAAGAAUCACCACCCAAGAAAGACAUGAAACCGGCCAAGGACCUGCGGCUUCUGUUCAGUAAAGAAGCCGAGAAGCCGACCACGCACAGCUACCUGAUGCAGCACCAGGAAUCCAUCAUCCAGCUGCAGAAGGCGGGCUUGGUCCGCAAGCACACCAAAGAGCUCGAGAGGUUGAAGGGCACGCCUGCAGACCCGGCGUCUCCCUUCAGGGACGGCACCCCAGGCAGGCUGGAGGCCAGCAUACCCGAGGAGAGCCCAGACCUGGCUCCUGUCCCUGCGCCGGGGGUGAGUGACGAGAAGUCAGAGGCCGCCCCCGUCCCAUUGGAAGGAGCCUCACUGAAGAGCCCCACUCCCUUCCUCUGCCGCCUGGACCACACCAGUCAUUUCUCGAAGGACUUUCUGAAGACCAUCUGCUACACCCCCACCUCCUCUUCCAUGAGCUCCAACCUGACCCGGAGCUCCAGCAGCGACAGCAUCCACAGCGUCCGCGGGAAGCCAGGGCUGGUGAAGCAGCGGACGCAGGAGAUCGAGACGCGGCUCCGGCUGGCGGGCCUCACCGUCUCGUCGCCCCUCAAACGCUCGCACUCUCUUGCCAAGCUCGGAAGUCUAGACUUCUCAACGGAAGACCUGACCAGUGAGGCUGACGUGUCCACCGUCGCUGACUCCCAGGAGGCCAAGCUGAGCGAGGCUGCCUUCUUGCAGGAGCCCCAGGCAACCCCGAGGACCCCGGCCACCCCCUCUAAACCAUCAGGGAAAUCUGCCCCAGAAAGCUUGAAAAGUCCCUCGUGGUUGAGCAAAAGCUGACCCGCCUGGAGCUGAGCACUCGACCCUGUUUCACUGUGGAUUUUGGUCAGCCCCUCACCUCUUGAUUUCCCUCACACAAUGGCGUUUCAGAAACACUCGGCCCCAGGAGAAAGGGGAGUGGUAGUUGUGUGGCCGGGAGAACCAGAAGCUGUUGGCCGGCAGACUCUGAGCCCGAGUCAUGUGCUUCCCCGAAGAAUGUGUCUUAAGAGCAUAGACGUGCGCACACUCAUCACAAGUCCUGCAUCGGAAACGCGUGAAGGAACAGCUGUGCGACGGCGCUCGUUCUAGCUCGUGCUGGCCCUCGUGGGAAGUCUUGGAUGGCAUAUAAGUCCUACCUCCGUUCUCGCUGUGCUUUUUAUUGUUACAAUACAGUGAUGACCAAGGCUCGUUCCAGGGAAUACUGCUGUGUCAGAAAAAGGGUUUCCAGGAAAGGUAUUUGUUUCUGUUUGGGACCCCAAAAAGUGUUAGGAUUUCCGACUCGACUACCCCAAGCACUGCGAGGUAAAGGUGCACAAAAGUGUCAGAUGCCGUUGUUGAACCAGCUCUGCGGCGCCUGAUCAUCCGUGCAGCUGACUUCUCAGUGCCGGUGUCUGGUUGCAGCUGAGGGAUGUGUGUCUGGCCUGCACUGGGGUCCGGUGGGGAAAAUGCGUGUAAUGUCCUCGGUUGUGGCUUGUGGUGGAUUUUAAAUUGCUCCUCACUGGGGAGAAGCACCCACGGAGCAUUGUUGAGUCUCCCCUGCUGUCGAGCUCAGUAGUUGUAAAGGUUUUGAAAGUAUCUCACCGGGGCGGCAGCGCUGAGAUGCAGACCGUCCUGCCAGGAGCCCCAGCACUCAGGUUCAUUUGGUCACAUCUGCUCCUUUUGGGGAGGAAAAGGAAAAUUCGGCAUCAGAAAUGAUCAAUUCCUCUCAAAGAACAACUCAGCAGCAGCCUCUCUGAAAGAAAUGCGACCGUUGAAAAGCCUCCCCGAUAUUUACGUUGCCCUUCGUGCACAGAGAGUACCACUGCCUGUCCCUCUCCGGCUGUUCCUAGUGACACGGACAGGGUGCGGGAGGGCCGGUGUCCCAGCCUGGGCUCUGUGAGGAGCCUCGUCAGAAUCUGGCCAGCUCAGUGCAUCCUGCUGCUGCUGGCUCUGGGCGUGAGUGAAGGGUCGUCUGGUGUCGGUCAGCAAGUGGGAUGUGACAGGUUUAAUUCAGGGGUCAGCAAACUGGCUUAUGGCCCCAUGACCUAAGAAUGGUUUUUACAUUUUUCAGGGGUUAUAAAAAUCUAAUAGCCAACAAAGACCACGUCGUCUGCGAAACCUAAGAUACUUUUAUCAGGCCCUGCAUAGAGAAAGUUCACUGACCCCUGGUUUUAUGGACAGCAGGGUUCCUCUAGGGAGAAACUGGGCAAAUGUGAAGCCUUCCCUGCCCUUGGCACCUCAAGCCAAAUCCAUCUCCCGACCCAGACCUUGCCAGCCCCCCCCCAGGGUGUCUCCCGCAGGGUGGGGCAGCUGUGUUCGUGGUGGAACACCCCUGGCUGAAGCCUACCCACAGUCACAGACAGCUUGCCCCCUGCGGGCUCAGCCAGGGUCAUUCAGUGGAACUAGAAAGCCUUCAAGGACCAGCCAAGUUCUGCAAGUGAGUGAAUGAGAUGCCCUCUGACAUUGGUCAGAACGGGACCCGGCAGCCCAUUCUAGAGAGCUCCAGGCAGGGUCUUCGGGAGCAAGGCUAGUCCGUAUUUCAGUCAGCGCGAGGUUUUUGCAAAAACCCUCUCCAGGCACUUUUCCUCCCUGACCUUGUCCUUUUAAUUUUUUAAAAUAUAAUUUUACUUUAUAGGAAUUUGUUUUUCUACUGCUAUUCAUUGAAAUUAUCUUAAAUUAAAAGGUGGUUUAUUCACUUUUCCUGAAAACCCUGUUAGCUUUUUCUCCCUCUCUCUCUCAGCCAACAAAAGCAUAUUCUCAAAAAAAAAAAAAAAA